AUGAUUGAUGUGGGGGUGGAAUUUCUGCUAGAGAACUUGAAGAAAUUGGUGGACGAUAAUUUGGAGUUAAUCGGAGGAAUUAAAGAUGAAAUCAAGAAUCUGGAGGAUGAUUUGAGGGAAUUCAAUGCCUUUCUCAUGCAAGCUGCAAUUGUCCACAGCGAAAACCCAGUUCUGAAAGAAUUAGUGAGGAGUAUCAGGAAAGUGGUGAAUCGUGCUGAAGAUGCUAUUGAUAAGUUUGUAAUAGAAGCUAAGGUUCAUAAGGACAAAGUGUUUAAAGGGGUUUUCAACAAACCUGUACAUUAUAAAAGAGUGAGGGAGGCCGCUGUGGAGAUUAAAGAUAUCAGAGAUAAAAUGAAAGAAAUUCGGCAAAAUAACGCACAUGGCCUUCAGGCACUACUUCAAGAUCAUGAUGAUUCAAUCAACAAAGGUGGAGAGAUGAGACAGCCUCCUGUGGUUGAGGAAGAUGAUGUGGUGGGCUUUGACGAUGAGGCGCAGACGGUAAUCGACCGUCUUCUUGAAGGAUCAGGUGAUUUAGAGGUUAUUCCAGUUGUUGGAAUGCCUGGUCUUGGCAAAACUACACUAGCCACUAAGAUCUUCAAGCAUCCAAAGAUUGAGUACGAGUUCUUUACUCGACUUUGGCUUUAUGUUUCCCAAUCAUACAAGACAAGAGAAUUAUAUCUUAACAUCAUCAGUAAGUUCACCGGAAACACCAAGCAUUGCCGUGAUAUGUCUGAAAGGGAUUUAGCUCUUAAAGAUUUGACCAACAAGUAUGGAAAGCAUGAUGGAGAUGAAGAAAAGAUGGGGAAGGAACAAUUGGAUGGUGAUAGAGAAGGAACAUGGCAGUCCCAUAAUACUACUAAUACAAUUAUGAAUGAAAAAAAUCAGUUGCAGCACAAUAGGAGACGAACAUAUUUGUCACAGCAAUCUGAUGAUAAUGUUUGGGCAAUUCAUCUUUCUGUUAUUUUUGUAUAA